AUGGAAAAUCAUUAUCUAACUGAGCAACAUCAACGUGCUGCAAUGAAAGUUAUUUAUCCAAUGCUAUCACAAUUAAAAGACAAACAAAUGAAUAUUGAUUUUCCUCAAAGAACAACUUCAGAAGUUUGUAAUCCUGCUGUAGUUCAGUUCGAAGAACUUCAUGAAAUGCUCAAUAUCUUGGUAGGUGGCAUUGAAACAUUAACUAAUGAUACGCAACGUCUAGCGAAUGAAUCACUUCAAAUACAAACGGUACUUCCAAAAUUGCCUGAAGAUUUAUUGGAUGUUAAAUCGUCUAGUGAAGAGUCGAAUGCUUUUUUAGAAGGAGCCAAACAGAAUCACGCUAUUCUCUAUCAAGAUUUGCUAUCUUUGAAAGAGAAAACCAAUGAUAUGCAAUUUGUUUCAUACGAUGGAACAAUAGUUUGGAAAAUAACGAAUUUUCAAGAGAAAAUGAUUGAUGCACAAUCUGAAAGACAAACAUCAAUUUAUUCAUCUCCAUUUUAUUCAUCUCCAAAUGGUUAUAAAAUGAGAGCUCGCGUAUAUUUAAAUGGUGAUGGAAAUGCUCGUCGUACACACAUGUCAGUGUUUUUUGUGCUUAUGCGAGGACAGAACGAUCCAAUUCUAAAGUUUCCCUUCAACUAUAAAGUCUCAUUCUGCUUGUAUGAUCAAACACCUUUACAACAACAUAUUAUUGAUUCAUUUCGACCUGAUAUUAAAUCAAAUAGUUUUCAACGACCUCGAUCGGAUAUGAAUAUAGCUAGUGGCAUACCAAAAUUUGUUAAAUUGGAAAUGAUUCAACAAGAAGGAAAUCCAUACGUACGAGACGAUACAAUGUUCAUGAAAAUUAUGGUUGAUUUUGGAGAAAUACACAAAACAUUAUUACCUUCAUUAAAUUCAUCACAAGAAGUUAUAUUCAGAAUUAGUCGAUGGCAUUGGUAA